GUCCUACAGUUUGACAGCAGACUUUUUUUUUUUUCUGUCUCCAGUGUGUGGUUGUGUCUCUCAGACACAUUUGCUCCAUCUGAUAUGUAAUCUAACCAUGUUUCUCACGCAAAGAAAGCUGCAGGGUUUAUAAGAGCAGCCAGGAACCAGGUCCAAGGUGCAGACGGAUCCAGCAGACACACAGCAUGGCUCAGAAGACGGCUCUGAUUGUGUACGCCCACCAGAGCCCCGGCUCGUUCAACGCAGCGGUUCGUGAUGUGGCGUCUCAGGAGCUGACGGAGCAGGGAUACAGGGUCAUCGUGUCCGACCUGUACGCCAUGAACUUCAGAGCCAACGCUACACAGGAUGACAUCAUCGGUGAUCUGAAGAACCCGGAGCUUUUCCAGUACGGAGAGGAGACCAUGCACGCCUGGAUGGAAGGCCGCCUGAGUGACGACAUCGUGGCCGAGCAGCGCAAAGUAGAGGAGGCCGAGCUCAUCAUCUUCCAGUUUCCUUUGUACUGGUUCAGCGUGCCUGCCAUCAUGAAGGGCUGGAUGGACAGAGUGCUGGCACAAGGCUUCGCUUUCUCCCUGGAGAAGAUGUACAAUAACGGUAUUUUCAAGGAUAAGAAAGCAAUGCUGUCCUUCACGACUGGAGCGACACAGACUAUGUUCCAGCCUGAUGGGAUCAACGGAGACAUCAACAUCACACUGUGGCCUCUGCAGAACGGCACUCUGCACUUCUGUGGAUUUCAGGUCCUUGCUCCUCAGAUAUUCUGGAGUCCAGCUCACUGUCCCCCCAUGGUGCGAACCGCAAUGCUAGAAGGGUGGCGAGGCCGACUGAAGGGACUCCUGGCAGAAAAGCCUUUGACCUUUGCCCCCUGUGAGCUGUUUGACCUCAGCUUCCAGGGGGGGUUCUUGCUCUGGCCCAAAGUGAGGGAGGAGCGAGAGUCGCAGCCCUACGGUAUCACCACGGGACAUCAUCUGGGAAAGCUGCUGCCGCCCGACAACCAGACCAGAGCUCAGCCCAGAGAUGAAAAUAAACCAGACUGCAAGAACUAGGACCUCCUCGUCAAUCAUGAAUGUUUCUUUAAACUCUGUUUAUGUUCAAGAUCAUUUUAAUACCAAAGUAUCUGAUUUUAGAAAUGCUUUGUUUAAUGAAGCUGAAAUUAAACCAUUUACUGUAAAUAAAAAACUCCUUUUAUUUAAGUGAAAAAUAUAUUUUUCAUUUGCAUAUACACAUUUCUUUUAUCCAAGUAUCUAAUUGCUUCUUCUACCCCUGGAAGAAAUACAGCUCCUGAUCAAACAUUAGCUGUUGGUGUAAAGGCUGGUGUGUGUGGAUCCAAGUGCAGAGAGAGUCAGGCAGAACUACAAUGUAAACAGAAGUGCCUCAGAGUAAUUUUAUAACUUUUAAUCAUCAUCAAAUUUUCCUUUUUGAAGAUUUUGACAACUUUAGAGUCAUCCGGUCAACGCCAGUCUCCUCUAAAGUUAUCCAGCCAAAGUGAAGAGCAUUAGAGUUUAUUUCGCAUCGACCCACAAGAGACGCCAGCAGAGACACCUCUGCACGACCGCCUGCAGAGAAGCCGAGCAGAAAUCAAGAGUUCCCGAGACAGAAAGUCUCCUGGCAAACUCCACCAGAGCUGAACCGCUGAGACACCGGCAGAAUCCGUCAUCGUGAUAACGGGACACGGCCUCCAGGAGAAUCCACCUAGAUCCCGCGUGUCCAGGGUUACCACGGCAACCACAGCCACCUGGGUUCCAGCCGAGGGUCUCGGGCUACAGCAAAACUUAUUUGCUGUAGCUUAUUUUCAUCUUUAUGAUUAUUAGUAGUUUGAUUAGAUAGUAGUUUGGUUAAUAAACUUCUGUAUUA